CUCCUGUUCGUCCAUCACCGAGUCGGAGCCAAACUUCUCCACUUCCCGGUGAACGGUCUCUAAUCUGAGGUCUACAGAAUCACGUUAGACACAGGAACACAAUCAACAACAACAACAGCAGGGCCUUUUUGUGUCAAAGAGGGAAAUCACAGGACUCACAUGCUUCAGAGGAGGGAAAGUGAGGGCUCGCAGCACAGGGAGCGGGACGUACAGUAGGAAAGACGGAGACAGAAGGAGGCACAAGGAGGAUAAGAGCGAGCGUGGAACUGGAGCGGCUGUGACCAUAAAUAUGGAAAAUGGAAAAACCGAAGAUAUGACGGAGGGUGUGUCUGAAGAUAAAGAAGAAACCGUGGAGGAGUUCCAACCGAACCUGGAGAUGACGCAGCUGCAGGGCCUGGUGGCUGAGCUGCGCGAGGGGCUCCACACGGCCCUGACAGAGCUGUGUGAGCUGCGUCACAGGGACCACAGCCUGGAGGAGAAGCUGCAGGCCCAUCAGACUGACGUAGACGAGAAGAUCAUCAGCCUGAAGAACUCGCUGAACACGUUCAAGGAGGAGCUCAGCGUGGCUCUGUUCCACAUCAGGGACGUUUCCUGUCGACAGAGAGACAUUCACAACAGGAUCCAGCAGCAGCAGCUGUCAGAAAACGGCAACAGCGCCAUCUCUGUUCCAAAUAGUAGAAAGAACUCCGGGGCAGACCUUUGUUCAGCAUCAGAGGAUGAAAACAUCUUCUCAUCCAACCAAUCAGAGCUUGGCGUCAUUCGGCACUUUUUCUCCAGCUUUACACAAAAUGGAUCUUCACCACAGACGAGCAACACGUCCACACAGACUUCGGAGCAGGAGGCUCAGCCUCAGCAGAGAGCGUGUCACUCGGCGUCUCCGUCCUGGGGGGAGAGGAGCAGUGGGGGCGACGCCGAAACCUUCGCCGGUCAACCUGAAAACAGCAGGAGACAGACGGCUGCUCUGGAGCUGCUGGAGUCAGAGAGAGUUUACGUCUCUCACCUGUCUCUGCUGCUGAAGGCCAACAUCUCCUUCAACGGGUCAGACGCCCUGGUGUCCAAGGACAAACGUCCGUUCCCCAGUUCCGUCCGGUUCCUCAUCCAGCAGCACCUGGAACUCCUCCACACUCUCCAGGAGCGUGUGCUCAAGUGCCAGUGGCAAGGCAUCAUGGGAGAUGUGUUUAUGAGGCUCACCAGCAAAGAGAGUGACUUCCUGGACUUUUACGUCUCCUACCUGAAGGAGCUCCCAGACUGCCUGUCCGUGGUGUCCAUGUUGGCGUCCAGCUCCAUGAAGUCGUCUGCUCUCCUGGAGGUAGAACACACUGUAAACAAACAGGAACUCAUGACACUGUCACUUCAAAGCACGCAGCAGGAACAUUUCACUGUAGUGACAGAGCACCCGUACUUCAGCUCAGAACUGGACUCACACGGCCACAAACCUGCAGGUAUCUGCAGCCUCUCAGAGAGUGAAGCCCCUGACAGGACCACGUCCUGCCAACACCAUCUCCCCUCCAGACCUGCAGAGUUCCGUCAGGGUCAGCCGGGCUCGGCUCUGGCCGACGCUCUGGAGGAGUUCUUCCUUCCUGCCGGUCCUCCAGGGAUGGAGAGUCUCUACGAGGAGGACGAGGGUUCCCUCCGUGAGAUCUCCAUGUUUGACAACUGCUCCACCGCGUCCUCCGACUCCUCCAUCGACAUUGCCUUCGUGAAAUGUCCCAAAGGACCCGCGGCAUCCCAUCAUGCAAUGGAACCCAAUGUGUCGUCAAUUGGUAACAUCUUCGGUAGUCAUGGCAACGGUUACAGCAAACCACCCAAGAGAGGAUGUGUGUCACCGGAUGAGGCCGCGAUGAUGCGUCAUAAUUACAACCGCCCCCUACAGGCCAGCCAGCGUAAGAGCAAGUCCCUGACUGGUCUGCAGAUGGAGAACACGGUGAGCGGAUCAGACGGCGGACUGCUGUCAGACCACGUCCACAGAUCUGGUCUGGGCAGCCACGCCAAACUGGAGCGUCAGGGCAGCAAAGGCAGUAAAGGGUGUCCGACGCCUUCACAGAAGAUCCACAGUCCACUGGCACACAGAGCAGAGACGAACAAACAGAGCGAAGAUCUUCAUGGACCAAUCAGAACCGACUCUGGGAUCCAAACGUGGGCAGACGAGUCCAGAUGGAGGGUCGGGCCUGAGGAGAACAGUCAGUCAGCCUUCAGUGAGAGGAGUCGAAAACAGGACAAAGGAGGCUUCAGGAGCUCCUUCAAGAAGCUCUUCAAGAAGAAGAGCAGUGAUGAGAAGAAAGAGAAGAACGGUGAGAAAACUCCUGAAAACCACCACAAAAUCAUUGAAGCCGAGAUUUCAUGCAAAAAUCCCAAACUGUCUCAGCGGGAGCUGAACCGUGGUACGGCUGUGUGAGCGUCACUGGUUUGGACGUGUCCAACAUGACAUACCAGUAUAAACAAUCACUGUGUCAUUGAAAAGAUAUGUAUAAACUACAAUUACAUUUCUGCUGGGUAAAGAUAGAACAGACAAAUAUGUUUUUAUUUUGUUUUUUUACAUCAGAUAUGUCAAUGUUUUAAGUAAUAAACAACAUUGAGGCCAUCAUUUCAGAUUUGCUUAUUUCGUCUAACUUACGUGUUUUUGACCUGGCACAGAAAAUGUUAAUAAUUUUCUGUAAAAGUGUUAAAAAGGACUCCAAAAGAUGAAUAAAAAUGCACUAAUUUGCCUCCAAAUAUAUGUAUAUGUAGCAAUGUGCUUAUUUAUGAUUAAACACUCAUGCAAGAAUUAAUGUGUUUGUAAACAUUAAAAAUUAAUUUAAGCUUAAAUUAAUUCUGAAAAAAAGUAGCUUAUGCUCAUAAUUUAUGUGUAAAGUACUUUUUACUGACUGAUUUUUUACUGACGUUACCGUUGACGAGUAGUUUUGUGACUAAUUUGUAAUUUUUUUAAAACUAGUUUUGGGAAUAGGUAAUUUUACUCUUACUUAAGUGCAUUUUGAUUCUUUA